UUGUGAUCGGCACUCUGCCGAUAAGCCUGUGUGUGGCUAGCUAGCGGCUAGCUAGUUACGCAGUAUCAGUUUGUCGUCGGCAGCAGAGAAACAGAACAUAGCCUUAAAAACGUUUUCUCUUCUUCUCCUGCGGAUAAUAUGAGUGUUGUCUGUUGAUCUCAGAGGACGUUGUUCAUUAGAAGCGCUGGUAAACUUCGAUGUUUAACCUUUAUUUAGGUUAUUUUCUGCAGCGGCCACAUCGAGCUAGCUAACCUGCUAGCAUAGCUGCUAGCUCUGCAUUAGCCCGUUAGCAUCGCUGGAUGGCUUCGUAAGGAAAGCCUAGACUCUGCAUGGCGACGGACUGGCAGCAGCGGGAGUGAGCAGCCAAUCAGCCGAGGCCACUGACAGCAAAAUGGCGUCCCGUCAGAGGAACUCGGUCCGGAUCCUGUCCAGCCGGGAGCGAGGCUCGCAGAGCUUUGGCUCGCAGCGGCUCCUGCAGCUGCUGGUGGAGGAGAAAGUGCGCUGGAUGAAAUGGCAGAGUCAGAAAGUGGAGCUGCCGGACAGCCCUCGCUCAACAUUCCUGCUGGCAUUCAGCCCCGACAGGACCCUGAUGGCUUCCACACAUGUCAACCACAACAUUUACAUAACGGAAGUGAAGACUGGAAAGUGCCUACAUUCCCUAGUGGGCCACCGUAGAACCCCCUGGUGUGUGACCUUUCACCCCACUAUCCCUGGCCUGGUGGCCUCUGGGUGCCUUGAUGGCGAAGUCCGCAUCUGGGACUUGCAUGGUGGUAGUGAGAGUUGGUUUACAGAGAGUAAUGUCGCCAUCGCCUCCCUGGCCUUCCACCCCACUGCUCAGCUCCUCCUCAUCGCCACCAACAACGAGCUCCACUUCUGGGACUGGAGCCGACCGGAGCCCUUCGCCGUGGUCAAGACGGGCAGCGACACAGAGAGAGUCCGGUUGGUGAGGUUCGACCCACUGGGUCACAACCUGCUGACAGCGAUAGUGAAUCCGUCCAAUCAGCAAAACGAGGAGGACUCGGAGGUUCCCAUGGACAGUGUGGAGAUGCCUCACUUCCGUCAGCGCUCCUUCCUGCCUUCCCAGCCGGUCCGUCGCACGCCCAUCCUCCACAACUUCCUGCACAUCUUGUCAUCUCGCUCCCCGGGGGCUCAGGCGGGAGGGGAGCAGCCGCGCCCUCUGGGAGAAAACGGAAGCAGUGUCGGAGAAUCUCCCAGCAUGCCUCUGGCCCAGUACCCCACCCCUGAACGCGGGCCCCCCUUCCCCGGCUGCACCCAGCACCUGGGCUUGGUUUGUCUGUGUAGUCGCUGCUCCAUCAAUCGUAACCCCUCCCUGGCCGGCGACGGUUCCUCCGCGACCCCCCCUGAUCCCAGGGUGUCAGCCGACACUCCCCAGCCCCCCUCGGCCUCCACGUUCUCGUCUGCCCGUACGGAGCCCAGACAGCCGCCUGAACGCCCCUCAGCCUUCACCUCCGUGUACUACAGCACCGGCACGUCUCUGAACCCUCCGGCUCCGAGCAUCGAGCCGCUCUCCACCUCCAGGCCGGGACCCGACUGGACACGCAACCUGCUGAGCAUGAGGGAGAGCGGGGCGGUCGGUCCGGGCAUGCUGCCUCCCAGAACCUCCUCCUCCUCCUCCAUCAGCCUCCUCUCGGUGCUCCGACAGCAGGACGGCUCGUCUCACUCCCCCGUCUACACCUCCGCCACUGAAGGACGGGGUUUCCCCCAACAGGGAGAGCUGGGGGCCCGAGACGCCGCCGGCACGAGCAGCGGGCAUCACCCGUUCUGGGACGGCUCCCGCAGCAACACGGCCUCCUUCCGCAACGUGCUGCAGUGCAACCUGAGCCGCUACUUCAUGGAGUUUGACCGCAUGCAGGACCUGGAGCCUCCAUUGGGGGGCGGCGGCGGCGGCAUGGCGGACGGAGGCCAAGAGCAGAACCAAGAGCUGCUGAAUAAUAACAUGGACCCAGACAGACCUGGGCCUUCCUCAUCUUCCUCUUCCUCCGCCUCCCCUACUAUCAUCCACUACCAGCCUCCUCUCCCUCCCCCUCCCGCCUCCCACAGCCUGGAGAACAACACCCCGCCCCCCGCCUCCCGAGGCCACCUGAACCGCUGCCGGGCCUGCCACAACCUGCUGACCUUCAACCAUGACUCUCAGCGCUGGGAGCGCACCAACCAGGCCUCCUCCACCUCUGCCUCCACUCUGGAGCCCUCCUCUUCCUCCUCCUCCUUCCCUUCUUCUUCUUCUUCCCCGUGGCAGCCUGAAGAGGGUCGGAGGACUCUAGAAGUUCAGACCCAGGACAGGAGAGUGCCUCCGGAGCCCAGCGAGCAGCCACCUCCGCCCGGAGGUGGAGGGACAGGAACAGUGGCCUUCCCUAUAGCCCCGUCCUCCAGCCAGCCUGGUGAGCAGACGGUGGGUUUGGUGUACAACCAGGACACAGCACAGUGGGAGCGGGUGUACCGGCAGGCUGCCGCGGGCCGAUCGGCAGAGCCACCGGAGGCCUUAAGCCAAGAAAUGCCUGUUGACCCCCCAGAUGAAGACUCGCUGAGGAGGCGACUGUUGGAAUCAUCUCUAUUAUCUUUGUCUCGCUAUGACAUGUCGGGAUCCAGAGACCACCCGAUAUACCCCGACCCAGCCAGGCUUUCUCCAGCUGCUUACUACGCCCAGAGGAUGAUCCAGUAUCUGUCCAGACGUGACAGCAUCCGCCAGCGCUCGCUUCGCUAUCAGCAGAACCGCCUGCGGGCCAUGUCGUCGUCCUCCGACGGCCCUGCCAGUAACCCGUCCGGCUCCAUGGACAACAGUGACGUGGACUUUGAGGAGCUGGACGAUAACGGAGACAGAGCGAGGCACAGGACGCCACGAAACGCCAGGAUGUCAGCGCCCUCGCUGGGUCGCUUCGUCCCUCGGCGCUUCCUCCUUCCUGAGUACCUGCCCUACGCUGGGAUCUUCCAUGAAAGAGGGCAGCCUGGCCUGGCCACACACUCCUCUGUCAACAGAGUACUGGCCGGGGCAUCGAUCGGGGACGGACAGUCUGCGGUCGCCAGCAACAUCGCCAACACCACCUACCGCCUGCAGUGGUGGGACUUCACCAAGUUUGAUCUGCCUGAAAUCAGCAACGCCUCGGUCAACGUCCUGGUGCCAAACUGUAAGAUCUACAACGACGCCAGCUGUGACAUCUCCGCAGACGGUCAGCUGCUGGCUGUUUUUAUUCCCAGCAGUCAGCGGGGUUUUCCAGACGAAGGCAUCCUGGCCAUCUACUCUCUGGCUCCUCACAACCUGGGAGAGAUGCUCUACACCAAGAGAUUCGGUCCGAAUGCGAUAUCCGUCAGCUUGUCUCCGAUGGGCUGCUACGUGAUGGUGGGCCUGGCCUCUCGCAGGAUCCUGCUGCAUCCCACCACCGACCACAUGGUGGCGCAAGUCUUCCGCCUGCAACAGCCGCAUGGAGGAGAGACGUCCAUCAGGAUGGUGUUUAACGUCGUCUAUCCGAUGGCUCCAGACCAGCGGCGCCACGUCAGUAUCAACUCAGCUCGCUGGCUGCCGGAUCCGGGGAUGGGUCUGGCGUAUGGAACCAACAAGGGGGACCUGGUGAUCUGCCGGCCUGUGUUCUACCGAAGCGACGGCGAGAGUCCUGCAGAGUCGAGCAGCGAGCCUUUAUUCUCCGUCAACAACAGCGGAACCAGCCGGAGCCGAGGUUCUGAUAGACCAGGGCCAAACCGCUCAGGCUGGAGGCUGGACAGAGACAUGGGACUGAUGAACGCCAUUGGCCUUCAGCCCCGACACCCCGCCCCCUCAGUGACAUCACAAGGAACCCAGACACCAAUCAUCCAGCUGCAGAAUGCCGAGACACAAACAGAGAGGGACCUAUCAGAGCCCAGCACCUCCCAGCCAGCACUCAAUGUCCCUCCUGAGACUCCGUCCACCAGCCGAGCAGCUCAGGCGCAGCUGGAGUCUCAAAGCAGCAGAGUUCAGGACGGCAGCCAGACCGAAGCCUCAGCAGAGGCCGACACGUCCACCGCUGCUGCAGGAGAAUCUCCAGAUGUCGGUUCGGGUGAAGACGCUCUGGCACGAAUCCGCCGGCUGAUUGCGGAGGGCGGCAUGACGGCAGUGGUGCAGCGGGAGCAGAGCACCACCAUGGCGUCCAUGGGCGGUUUCGGGAACAACAUCAUCGUCAGCCAUCGCAUCCACCGCGGCUCCCAGACGGGCUCCGGGGCCUCCAGGCUGCCCGCCGCCCCCUCCUCCUCCUCAGGGUCCCUGCUCCUCACCCAGCCCCCAGCCCACAUCUACCCGCCUCCCCAGGCCUCCGGCCCGUCUGAACAGCUGGCUCCCAUGUGGGGCCCCCAGGUCCUGUCCGGCCCCCGGCCCCCCAGCCUUUCUCUGGCCGUGGACAUGGACGACGUGUUUGACGGGGGACGAACAGACGACGACUCCCUGCCGGGCCCUUCCUCUUCCUCCCUGCUCCUUUCUUCCCCCUCCUCCUCCUCCUCCUCCUCUCACAGCCCCCUCCCCGGCAGUGGUGGGGGAGGAGGCGGCCCCAACAGUUACCCCGGCGACCCGUACAGCAGGUAGUCCUCCUAUUGGCUGAGAGAAGCAGAGCGUUGGUGCUCCUCAAAGCCUUAUCUCACAAAGAACGGGUGCUGCUUGGACUCUGCACAGGGUCUCCCGCCUGGAAAAGAAGGGACACAAGAACCCCCGCCCCCCCCACCCCCCCCCUCACCUGUAAACCUGCAGAGGCAUCGGCUUCCUCUGCACGUCUAACCUGACUGAAGCUGAACCGCCAUCAUUCCACGUCAGAAAGGGCUUCUACUUGAACGGAGGCCAGUCAGAGCUGAGCUCCUCUCCGCCCGUUUCUCUCAGUGUCGGCGUGACGGAGACGAGGUUCCUGUUAUUAAAGUGCCAUGUCGGGGUGGGGGGGGCGAGGGGGGGGGGGGGGGGGGUCUCACACACAUUUACUCCAACGUGCUGCAUUCGGUGCCAUGUGAUGUUGAACUUUGAUGUGAAAUAGUGCGUGAUUGAAGUGUUUAAAAAGUGAAUUCAGCACUACGUUUCUUUUGAAGCCUGUUUUUUUGUACCAUGUGUAAUUAUGAUGUUCAAGGACGAGACGUCGCGUCGGAGGCGGGACUCUAUAUCAUGGAGGAUGUUACCGUGACAACCAAUCAUCAUCGACAACUGAACUGAGACUGAAUCCACUGCAUGUCUUCAAUAAUGCUGCAGUUCAUCAAACAGAUACAGAAGAGGAGAAGAACCAUUUCCUGUUUCAUCAUGCCCUGUGUGUGUGUGUGUGUGUGUGUGUGUGUGUGUGUGUGUGUGUGUGUGUCUGACAGUAUAAAUGUUCAUGUGAACACGUUUUAAUGACGUCUUUCGUCGUCUGAGCACAAAUCUGUAAAUUUGACUCCCGAUAAACUAAAGCUGCAACUGACGAUUUUUUUUUUCAAUUAAUUAAUUAAUUAAACGUUUAGUCGGAAAAACGUUUGUUCCAGUUUCCUGAACAACGGAGUCGACUGCAGACGUCUUCAUAGAGCUGCGACUAAUGAUUGUUUUCAUUAUCGAUUGUUCUGCUGAUCACUUUCAUUCAUCGUUUGUGUUGUAAAAUAGUGAAACGGAUCAAAGC